CUUCACGGACAAUUAUAUAGCCCUUAAAAAUGGUGAAAUGCCAAGUCAGCAGUAGUCACUGCGAUCGAUGAGGUUUGGAGUUGGCGAAAUGUUCUAGGAAAAGAAAUAUGACCGCAAUAUCACACACGGCACACGGUAUAUAAUGAUUAUGUCAGGCUGGUAUAAAAAAAGAAAAUACAAUAGAAGAGCCUUGCUCUUUAGGGCUAUGUAAAGUAAGGACGUCCCUUAAUUAAAGUGUUGUAGUCUCUCUAUACGCCGUCAAACAUAAUUAAAACCCUGGAAGAGUUUGCCGAUGUGCAGUGAUUGUUUUCGUGUAUGGCCUUCUGGGCUUUUGUGAAGCACAGAAUGGCCUCCUGUUUGACUGUCCCGGCGAGUAAUUAGCUCUCCGUUGUGACGUUCAACAAUCAGCUGAAUGCGGGGAUCUCUCAACAUCUCAUCUGUAGCCUCAGCAACAGGCAGGCUCACACAAAACGCGGGAUCAAAUUCAAUAGACAUCGUAUUUUUUUGGGUUGUAUUUUGUUUGUCUUUCACGACAGCGGUUUUCAAAGAGCCGCGACUCUUUAAAAGAGCCGAAUCGUCCUGGUUUUUCCCUCCAAAAACUGUAAACGGUCAGCUGGAGUUCCUCUUAGCUGGGAGUUUGCUAGCGAAGGUCAACCCUUUGUCGGAUUUUGCUUCUUAAAAAAGGUAUAAGCAUGCGAUUUAUUUACUCAUUUUUUUCGUUUGCAGGAACUGACAUGGUUCUUCCGCGCAGGAUUUCGUUGCUGCUCCUCUUCUGUUCGCCUCCACUAGUGUUUGCCGCUGAUAACUCCACCGAAACCCCCUGCGAUCGUCGCUGUUUGGCGAAUGCUCGGGUUGAGAAAGAACUAGUCAGCGCGCCACAGAAUGAUAACUGCACCAUGACAGUGAAAAUCACAUCGAUGCAGUAUGAGAUGCUGUCUUUCGAUACAAAGGUCAUGCAAAUGAACAGCCGUAUCAAGGUAAACAUGGAAUGGAAGGAUCCUGAUCUCGGAUGGAUGCAAGAGAGAUCUAGAAUCCCAACGAUCGUUUUGCCCAUUGAUAAAAUCUGGAUUCCACGGAUAGUUUUGGACAACGCGUGCGUCUCCAGACCGAUGCUGAGCCAACGGCAUAUAUACAUUUUUUAUUCUUGGCGUUGUUCGGGUAAUUCCCCUCUGUUUGCGCGCAGGAUAGAAACGACCAUGGAGCCGUACACUAAUGACGUUCAGGUGAGGCGGGAUGGGACCGUGAGUCAUGCGGUCGUUUUGUUCACGACGGUGAGCUGUCAGAUCAACCUCUUCAACUACCCCUUUGUGGAGGGGUCGUGCCCUGUGGCCAUCAAUGGAUGGUGCCAGAAAACUUGCUCGCUCGCGCUCCAGAUCGCUGAUAACGUGACGCUGGUCGGCGGCAGUCGAGGAGAGUGGCAGACUACUAGAGUGGUCAAAACUGUGGAUGCAUCAAAGCGUGUUUAUCUCCAAGUCGCUCUGACGAUUAACCCCUUCACUGCUUUCGUGACCCUGAUCCUGCCCAGCGGGCUGAUACUUCUGGCUGACCUGGUGAGCUUUGCUCUUCCUUUCGAAGGAGGAGAGCGCAACUCUUUCAAAGUCACUUUGGUCCUGAGCUUCACCAUGUUCCUCCUCAUCCUCAGCGACCACCUGCCCAACGGCGGCCACUGUAACCCCCUCCUCUACUACCACUUCAGCUUCUGUCUGGUGUGUUUGGUCAUGAGCAUGCUGGUCUCCAUAGUGCUAACACGACUGGCCGCAGACGACAGCUUCUUGGUUUGCAGAGGCUCCGCCAAAGUUCAUCCGUCAGACGGCGGCAAAGCAAAUGACAGCCUUGAUCGAGAGAAAGAUACAAGUGCGAUCACAACAAAGUCUGGCCACCCGGCUUCAGAGACGACUACACUCCAGAAAAUAGCCAACCUUUUGGAGACCAUGGAUGCAAGAGAAAAGAAGAUUGAGAGCAAAGUGGCAUUCGCUUACCUCCUAGACAAAUUCUGCUUCGGCUUUUUCAUAAUCAUCUACGUGCUUUAUGCCAUAAUUCUAAUUGCUAUCACCAGAACGGACAUUUGUAAGGUUAAUAAUCUAGACUUCUGGGAUGAAUCUCACCGAGAAGAUGAGAACUUUGACUACUCGUACUCAAACUAAAAGGCACCGUAACUUCUCAGAUCUAAAGUGAUGGCUGAAUAAUGGACAUCAAAUAGUGAUUUAUUGACAUUUAUAAGGAUAUCAACUGAAUCUUGGGAAUCAAUGCAAGGCAAAAUACAAAAUUGCUUAUCUUGUAAUUCUCACUGUCUAAUUGAAUGUGCAUUGCAUGCUUUUAAGAUUGAAAACAAAUUUAUUAGUAUUAUACCGCUAUAUUCUCGAAGACAUUCUUAUAGCAUUCAUUAUAACAACAAAUACAAAGCCUAUUUUAAUCACAAUUGAACAUUUUUAACGUUCUUAAAGUAUGUUAUGUCAUCAGCAGUGGUCGAAUUGUGUCAAACCAGACCACCACGUCCCCUUCAAAAAAUAAAUAAAACCUUGUAUUGGCAUG